AUGGCAACUUUCUCUUCUCUUCUCUUAGUGUUCCUAUCACUCGCAAUACCCUUCAUUGAGGCACACAAUGGUGGCUUCAGUGUUGAACUCAUUCAUAGAGAUUCCGCAAAAUCUCCAUUCUACAACCCCACCAAAACUCGUUUUCAACUUCUUCACAGUGCUCUUCAACGCUCUUUUAACCGUUUCCACCUCUUCUACCCACUAACAAAAGCAUCCUCAGACACACCACAGUCACAAAUAACCGACAACCAAGGAGAAUACCUUGUUAACUACUCCAUUGGAACCCCACCUUUUGAAAUCAUGGGCAUCUUUGACACGGGUAGUAACCUUAUUUGGUCACAGUGUAAACCUUGUACUCAUUGUUACAACCAAACCAAUCCAAUGUUUGACCCUUCCCAAUCUUCAACAUACAAACCCAUAGCCUGUGAUUCUAGGGUGUGUCAUUUAUUAGCUGAUGUCUCAUGCGACAAUGCCGAUCAUAGUUGUAAGUACAGCAUUUCAUACGGUGAUGGAUCACAUUCACAAGGAACUCUUGCCUUUGACACACUUACCUUAGGCUCUACUACAGGUUCCUCAGUUGCAUUUCCCAGUAUUCCCAUUGGUUGUGGAUUCGACAAUGCUGGUACCUUUGACAACAAAACUUCUGGCAUAGUUGGGGUAGGAAGUGGUAAUGUCUCAUUUAUCUCUCAAAUAGGUCCUUCAGUUGGGUUCAAAUUCUCCUAUUGCUUGGUGCCGUAUUUUGAAUCCAAUGCCACAAGUAAAUUAAAUUUUGGAGAUAAUGCUGUUUUGGCUGAUCCUGGUGUAGUCUCUACUCCAAUUUCACCUGGUGAUUCAACUUUCUAUUACCUUACAUUGGAGGCAAUGAGUGUGGGGUCCCAAAGGAUAGAGUUCAAAGAUGAGUCAACUUCAAAAGACAAGAAGGGUAACAUUAUAAUUGACUCAGGAACAACAUUGACCUUUUUCCCUAUGGAUUUUUAUCAAAAAUUGGAGUCAGCAGUGGCAUUGAAUUUCAAUUUUGAACGUGAUGAUAACCAAAUGUUAAGUCUUUGUUAUAAGGCUCCACUAAGUGCUAUUCAGGCCCCAAACAUUACAGCACAUUUCGUUGGUGCCGAUGUUGCGUUAACUUCUGCCAACACUUUUGUUAGCAUUUCGGAGAAUAUAACGUGCUUUGCUUUUACCUCAGGGCCAACGCCCGAUGCCAUGUUUGGAAACUUGGCACAAGUUGGUUACUUGGUCGAGUAUGAUUUGCUUAAGAAGAUGGUGUCCUUCAAGCCCACUGAUUGUGCCAAGAUUUAA